AUCAGCUGCUUGAUACCAAGGGGAAAGAACAUCCAGUAGCACAUUUUGGUGCCUCUCCAGCCUGUGUUGAUGGGCCGCAGUGCAAUUGCAAAAUCGACUGGUCUUCUCCGGGAAGUUAAGAGCAGGCAAAGCUCUUACCUCACGAGCAGGGUGCAACCUGUUGAAGCAAGGCCAGCCUUGUCAGCAGAGACAGCAUUGUGGGUGCCAGACCCAAGGACAGGGAUCUACUACCCCAGGGGCUUUGAGUGGGUCAUGGAGGAUGUCCCAAAGAGCGCAGCAUCAUUCCAGCAGACAUACUGGCACAGGAGUGGCGACACAGAAACAGCAACCUCUCCAAUGUCGAACGACACCGCUGCUUCCUUUGAUCAUCCAUUUGUGUGAAAGCUUGAGGCUUUGCACUGGAAGAAUCACUGAUAGCUGCAGUUGUACAAGCCACUACCAGUUGGCAGGUCCAUACAUCAUAUGAUAGACCAGCUGCUCAGAUUCCCAGUGCAUAGGCACCGCACCGACCAACAGAUAGGGACCAAACUCUGAAUUUAUCAUCUCUAUUGUUAUCGGUUUCGUUGGUUCUACUAAAAUAAAAGGUGCACCUGAUUGUAAUAUUUUGCACAAUUUGAGCUAACAGUUUUAAUUUCCAUGCUUACUGGAAACAUGAUCCUACUGAUUAUGAUCUUCAU